CGUGUUACAUGAACAGCUUUCAAAAGAUUUAAAAAUAAAACAAUUUUCUCCGAAAUCAUCGCAAUUGGGUUGAGCCAUUCUGCGUAUCAAGACGUACUUCAAGUUCAAGAUAAACGGAAAUUUACUGACAAAAUGAGAUUUUUUGGAAUGAUUUUAAUUUUGAUUUUGUCUGCUUCAGCGGAAUUGCAGAAAACUGAUUUAAUAAUAGAACAAGCGACGAAAUUAUAUCUAAAUGCUCGGCCAAUGUGUAUCAUGAAAUCAGGCGUGGACAAAUUUCAAGUCCAAAAGAUUGAGGCAGGCGAAUUAGUUGAUGAUAAAAACAUCUUUUGCUAUGCUGGAUGCAUUUUAAAAGCAAUGGACAUUAUCGGUGAAAAGGGAACUUUAAAACGUUGGCAAUUACCAGACAUUUUCAAGGCUUUAAGUGGCGAUGAUUGGAAUGAGAAUACAAAGAAGCUGGUGAAAAGUGUUACAAAAGCAUUUGAAUCGUCAAAAGAUGUCUGUAAUUCCGGUAGAAUUGCAAUAAAACUGAUGCAGACUAUUUUUUAUCAAAAUAAUAAAUAUUUUGACUUUUAAGCUGAAAUUAA